UACCGUUUCAAUACUUUGUCUUGUACCAUCACCAUGGCUUAUUCUACUCUUUCCCUCUCAAUUUCAAAAGUUUGAAUACACACAAACGCUGUGUCUCACUUCAAUCACGCUUCCAUGGACGCAGCUGCUAACGGUGACGGAGCUCCGUCUCAUCCGUUGUUCGUGUCCGUGACCGGAGUCUCCGCCUCUCGCCGCCGCCUCUCCGCAAGCUUCGUGGAGCGGAGCCGCCCUGUCUCGUCGGAGAAGCCGAUGGCGUGGUUAUCGCUCCAGGGACGGCUCCUUAACGCCGACGAGGCCAGCUCGGCGAGAACCAUUGGCGGCGGCUUAAGCGCCGAACAAGCCCUCGCUUGGAACCUCUUCCCUCCAAUCCAUAGGUUCCUCGUAGUCGCCGUCAUUGGCGCCGCCGUUGCACGCUCCCGGAAAGACCUUCGCAUAUGUCACCUGGAAAAAUCCGUUGAACUAAGGGACCAGGUGCUGUCUAGCAUGCAGCAGAAGCUUGACACUCUUUGCGAGUUGGUUAACAAUUCUAAAGAAUACUCAGCAACGAAAAAGUCGUGUGACAAGGAUGUGGAAUUGCAAUUGAAUGAGACUUUUGGAACCGAGAAAGUUAAGCCUGUUGAUUGCGGUUGUUGGCACUGUGAACAGCACUCUGCUUUCUUUAAUGAUGGUGCCUCAGUUGCUAGAAAUUCCGGUGCAAAUGAGGUGCUGCAAUAUAAGACUCCCUUCCCUAAUGAGGAUCAAGAAGAACGAAGGAUGUCUGACAUGUCAGAUUGGGCGUCAAGUGUUACAUCUUCUGCUGAUAUCCAGUUAAACAAUUUGGCUGUAGAACAAGAUAUUUAUAAUCUUAGGAAAGAUUGUGAAGAGAAGGAUAUCACAAUAAAGGAGCUUACAACGGUGUUAAACUCUAACGAGGUUGCUAAUUACAAGAGGAUUGCUGAAUUAGAAGACAUUAUACGGAGGAAAAAUACAACAAUCACAAAAUUAAAGAAAGACAUGUCAGUUCUUGAACAAAAGGUUGUGCAGCUUACAAGACUUCGUCGACCCUCCUAUUCUCCUAGUGGCUCAAAUGAUAGUCCGUUGCCGCGUAUUAUGAUAGAUAACCUUCUUUAUGACAUGGAGAGCACCACUAGCUCCUCGUCUUCUGAUUCAGAUAGUUCCUCUGUUGUCAAAGAAUCAAAUCUUUCCGCUGAAAUUGUCUCGAAACAAGAUUCUGCCUCCAAAAUUGAUCAGAAACUUACACCAAGAAAAAUAUCCAGCUCAUCAGCUUAUUAUUCUUCAGUCCAAAAGCAAUUGUCAGCUCGUGGAGACUUGAAAAAGACUAGAAGACGAUCUCUUAAUGGAGACAAGAGUACGACUGCACACAAGAGAUGGGUAUAAUAGCUCUUCUGGAAUGUAUGUCUGUGGUCCUAUGCCAUGCAAUUAUCCUAUUCAACGGGAAUGAAGUGGCAAACAGAAGAUGGUAAAUUCUUUAUAGGCUUAUAUAUCAGUUAAAUACUUUAACAUUGGCACAUUAUGGUUUAGACUGGUAGACCACAACGCAGAGGCAGGGAUUUUCUUCAAAUCUGUUAGUGCUUUCUAGCAGUUGGUUUAUUAUUAUCCUUCACUUCAUGGAUUUUUACUCAUAAAAUCCGAUUGAUCGAUGGGUAUCUUUCUCAGGUGAUUAAUGAAGCAGAAACGAAGGAAACCACAAUUUCUUUUUCUA